GUCUCCUCAUUCUAUACGAGGCGUCAGUCUAUGUAUAAAGUCGGAAGAAGGAACGUGGAAUCCGCGAAACCCACCUAGAACCUCGUAUAUUGCUCAAACGGCGAUAGGAGCACGCGUCCACUCGCUCGAAUUCCAUUCGCAGGCCUAACCGUGCGGUACUUCCACUGACCAGCUCGCGAGUCCUCGUGAGAGUCAUCCUUGAACACGCGUUCCUGGUCGAGCCACUGCGCGGGUCUAUCCCGCCUUCAGGUUCGAGACAUCUCUUGUGUCCUUCGUUCCACGAAGAUCACCACGACCGAAGUCAUCCGUAACCGUCGACACACGGUGGCUUGCCCUAGAAGAAAAUAACGGAGACGUGUCAACCGAGGAAAACGAGAGAAGACCACUUGGUGGAAGAAGAUACUCACGAGGAAAGGCUGCGUUUUCUCGUCCUUCAGCGCGUUGUCCUAGGAUCCUUCGAACCGAGUAUCGAGUCGACAGCAAUCCGCACGACAUCGAAAAUGGUGAAAUUAGUUGUGACGUUACUUGCUGUCUUCUGCAUCGUGAACUUCGUCGACAGCGCGGCUGUCAAAUCGGAGGAGUUUGCCGAGCAACUUCGUCGUAUCGUCCACGACGCCUAUCCAGACAACCUGAGGAUCCAAAGGGCGACAGAAAGCGGAAGGGACAGUUCUAAACGCAACUGCUAUGACACCCCGUGCGGCUGGAAUGCUUAUAAUCCCCAAACUCGUCAGACCACGAUCUUUAUGCCAAACACGUGCAAGUGCCCAGACGAGACAUACAAAUGUGUCCGGACGGGGGAGAACGUGUCGAUGGGGGCUUACGUAUAUCACUGCCGCCAAAACGUAACAGCGACAUUAAACUAUGAUUCGCCCUACGAUAUGGACUCGGAUUACCUCAGUUAAAACGCGCGCCCAUCGUCAAUGGCGACAUUGGCAACUAUAUCUCACACCGUCGAACGAACCGAUUCCUACUUACCUCCUGGUCUCGGGAACGGAGAUUACUCGCUCUUUAUUGGUCGGUAUUUCACUCGAAAUAUUUCCUCUUCCACCAUCUCCUCGCGCCAUUCGUUUACGGGAAAAAUGGCCAAUAACGAUGCAAACAGUCAGUGCACUGCGCCGGUAAUCCCGGCGAACAGGAAAUGUAACCUAUUAAACAACGAAUCACGAUUAGUGACGAUGUAUUAACACCCUUCGAAUACCAUCAAUACUAAACAUUACUAUCGCUGAAUACUAACAUCGCAUAAUAUCAAAAUUCUCUCAUUCUUACCAACAUUUUUUCCAUACCGGCAUUUUUGCAGCGAACACUGAUCGAUACCAACACUGCAAGGCUUCAUCGAUACUAUCGUAAAUGUAUCAAAAAGAAUCGGUAUGGAAUAAUCAGUUGCAAACACAACUACGAAGUAAUUACUUUCACCGAUUACACAUGUCGAUUGAUUUUUGAUCAUUUACAACGGUGUCUAUGCUUACUUGACACAGUAUUGAUGUCGAUCAGCGUUCCCUCCAAAACUAUCUCUGCCGAAAGUCAAUACCAAUUGAAAUUUGCAUAGAUUCAGUUACCUUUUGGUUAAUAUUUUGAUAUCGAAUAACUUGAGUCAUUAAUAUACAGGGUGUUCCAAAAAUGUUGCAACACCUUGAAAGGAGUGGUUCGGGAGGUGAUUUGAAACAACUUUUUCCUUGGCGAAAAUGUUGUCCGAGGCUUCGUUAAGGAGAUAUUAACGGAAAACACUGACCAAUCAGAACACGAGUAUGCCGAUGGAGCGGCCGCGGUAGCGUAUGAGAGCGGCCGUCUAUCGCGUAGCGUACGCUCAACCGACAUACUCGCACUCUGAUUGGUCGGGGUUUUCCGUUAAUAUCUCCUCUACGAAGCCUCGGACAACAUUUUCACUAAGGAAAAAGUUGUUUGAAAUCACCUCCCGAACCACCCUCUUCAAGGUGUUGCAACAUUUUUGGAAAAAUUCUUCUCGUAAAACGUUUUCGUAAAGAACAAGCUUCGAAAUUUCGCACUCGACUACAAUUUAACCUACGCGACAACAGCGCCACGCGAACACGAGUCACGUGACGGUAUUUCAAUCUAGACUCGACCUUUCCCGAAGACCAGAAUUAUUAUGUUAAGUUAAUUAAGUAUAUGCUCUCGGAGUAAUGAAUCGGUAUUCGUUCGUUUAUAUUUAAGAGUUUUCACCGAAUUUUUAGUAUUAGGACACAGAUCGAAUGAAAAUCGAGCGAUGUUGUUCGGACAAAGGGUACCGGGGCCUCGAAACGCAUGCGCGAGACUUUCAGAACGAAUCAUUUUGGCAUAGAAUGAUUGUGUUUGAUCUGAUUUUAUCUGAAGACUUAUACAGAGAGCCAGUUCGAGCAGAUUUUACUUCCCUGAAAUUCUACAAAAUUAGAAUUAAUUAACAUCUUCGAAUAGUAACAGAUUUGCCAGCAAAAAUUAUUUUGCAGAAUGAACAUGCGAAAAGAAAGUAAUGAAUUCGUAUAGACUAAUUAGAUAAAUACGGGAAUAAAUAUGAUAAAAAUGAUGGUCCUUAAAUUUUGAGAACUAUUUUAUACACGUACUGCGUUGGUAUUUUUGCGUAGCUCUUCUUCCUCGGUUGAUAGUAAAAUUAUGAAAACCACGUAUGUACUUUGAGCAAUUGUUUUAAGUAGAAUAUCGAUAACCCAAUACAAGAAAAAGUCUGUUUCUAUUCAUACGAGUGAAAUAUAUGCUCGAAUUGACUCUGUAUCAGAGUUGGGAAACUUUGAUUCUGAACGAAGAAUGAAGCUCACCUAACUCUGUUCUAAUAUACGUCUUUAUUUACUAAUUAGUGGGAAUUUCAAUCAUAAUUUGAUGUAGAAGCGUGCUUAAUCCUAUUAUCUAUCGUUUUUAAUCAAUUUUUAGUGUUAAGUUUUAUUAAAAUUAUAAGAUUUACCUUGAGAUCAGAAUGCCAGCCUUCGAACGACGCCACACUAACUCGGCGAAUGAGCAGCAACACAUUGUUGCCAACCAAGCGAAAGUCUCGCUGUAAGGCGCGAUUAUUCAAAUCGUUCAAAUCAUGAAUAGAACCUUUUCGAACUUCAACUCCGCUGAAAUCAAUCGGAAAAUGAAUAACACAAACUAAUCGCGAACUGAUUUGCUGUCGUUCUACAUAAACAAGACGCACGGAGCAAACCCGUAAGUUAAUAGAAAUUUAACAUACAAUUCAUUAUAAAGUAAUCAAGUAGUGACUGACAUGUUAGACUUUUUUUCAUGAACGUAUACAAGAAAAGUUUUGAAUUUAGCUUAUUAUAAUCUUUUUAGACUUAAUUCUUUUUAUUAAAAGGUAAUUUGUAACCUCUUUUAUGCUUAAAUUUUAAUCGUUUGUAUAAGUUUAGCUACUUCAUUAUUUUAAAGGCGAAUAAAAUAAGUAAAUGAAACGAAAUCUGAAAGGAUUCAAGUUUCUAUCAAAUCUUUAAUAAGAAUUUAAACAUUCGUAUUCGUAUUCAUAAGAUAUUCUGCUUCGAUAAGUAAAUAGGAAAUCGCAUUUUAAAUUCCUGACAGAAAUACGCACUACUCGUAUCUUUAGAAAAUCAUAAUUAUCGCGAAAUUUAAUUUCUGCAAAUACCCACGAAUCGUUCACUUACAUGAUACACGAUGACUGUCUAAUUCGAUUUUCAAAAACACUUGUCGAAGAACGAUUUCUAUAAUCGAUAGCAAAUGAACUUCGACGCAAAUACGCCGAAUAACAUUCGAAUCUGAAAACUUGGAUUAAAAAUAACGAUCCUUGUCGUCGAAGUUCAUUCUUGAAUGACAAUUAAUUACCUUAAGUUAAUAUACACCUUAGAAUUACUCAAGAUGGUGUAAACGUAGCAAAGUUAGUUACAGUAUUUUGAUAAGGCACAAUCCACAAUUUUGUACUUAACGGAGGAAAUUCUUUCGAAGCAUAAUCGAUUAUUUAUAACGUCUUGAAAGCAAUAGUAAUGUACCUAUAUCAUUCACUCAUUACAUAACAUCAUACUACAAUUUUUAUUCAAAGGCCAAAGAGGUCCCUACUCCAGUUAAUAUUUAGUCGAAUGUUUUACGUUUCAAUGAUAUACUACACCGUUUUGCAAUUGCUUUUCAAUAAUUAUAAAAUGUUUUAUGAUUUAAAAAUUUUCCAAUUGCAUUACAUUAGAUAUACAUGAAACCGUAAAAUAGGAAAGUGAUUAUAUAGAAAUGUUUUUCUACACGUUUGCAGUUUUGAUUGUUAUGAUCUGCAUUACCAAACAAACGUAGUUUAUAUUCAUAAUUUUUGUUUUUGCAUUUUCUCUUUCAUAUAUUUUACUAAUUGAAAUAAUUUCUACUUUUUAAAAAUGUGUAACACUAACAUCUUGAAAAUUGCACUUGAUUUCUACUAUAAAUAAUUUGAACAAUCAAUAAGAUUCUAAAUGCUAUCGAGGUUUUAAGGAAGCGUGUAGAAAAUAGUACAGGCAAUGUAUUCGUAUGCAGUAUUUCACUUAAUAUUUAAUACACAGGAGGGGUAAAUUAUCUAUAGUUGUACAACGAUUAUCGAUGUUAUCAUUUUUAAUAAAAGUAAGUGAUGUUGCAGAAAA